UAGAAAUUAUUUCUGGAGUAGAUUAUUCGGAGAAAAAUGGCACCCUUUUUUUUACCAGUACCAAACGUAAUAUAUAUUUAGUUGAAAAAAUAAAGCAAGAGAAAGCGAUGAUUUGCUUUUGUAACAAUGAUCCGGAUGAUGAAGAGAGCGGUAUGUGCGGAAGCAAUUGCAUAAACAGAAUGAUGUUUAUAGAAUGCAAUCCUCGUUACUGCCCUUGUGGGCUUACCUGUACUAAUCAGCAGCUUCAAAGAAGUGAAGAAGCUGAAGAUCUCGCGGAAGUCUUUCAGACUAAAUUAAAAGGAAAAGGUCUACGUGCAAAAGUUGAUCUUGAUAGGGGACAAUUAGUUUAUGAAUAUGUCGGUGAAGUAAUUGAUUAUAAUAUGUUUCAAGAACGAUUAGAACAUUAUAAUAAUAUUGGAUUGCAGCAUUACUACUUUAUGUCUCUUUGCAGUGAUCAGAUGAUUGACGCUACGCGUAAAGGUAAUUUCUCACGCUAUCUAAAUCAUAGCUGCUCUCCUAAUUGCGAAACGCAAAAGUGGCUUGUGAAUGGCGAAACUCGAAUCGGAUUGUUUACUAUUCGACCCGUAAAGGCUUUAGAAGAGUUGACUUUUGAUUAUAAAUUUGAGCGUUACGGUGAUAGCGUGCAAAAGUGUUACUGCGAUUCCACUAAUUGCCGAGGCACGUUAUCCGGAAGCGCCAGAAUUUCGAGCAAACGGGCGGCGAACAACUCGCGACGUUUACCUCUUUUUAAAGUGGAAUCCCUUUUUAAGGGCACUUUUAUUGAUAAAGAAAAAGUAAAACUUUUUGUUCAGCAAAUGCAUCUCGCAAAAGUUUUGCCGGAGCGAAGAAGAAUUCUUGAAAAUAUAAAACUCCUUCCGAACGGCGUUCUUUUCAAUGCGUUUGUGCAUUUUAACGGACUCUCUUUUUUGCUGAUGUGGCUAGAAAGCGCGGUAGCCGAUGAAAAUCUCACCACUUUCGAACUGGAUUCGUUUAUUCUCGAAAUACUGAACGUUAUUUCAUCAAAAAACUUCUCAAACAAAACGCGGAUCUGCCAAUCAGGGCUCUACAGUUUUGUUGAGCGUCUGCUCUCGUGCGCCAAUCAGCAGAUUGUGGCACUUUGCGAGCAGCUUCUUUCCUACUGGGAAACUCUCACCGAAGAACUGCGCAUCCCCCGCAAGCAGCAUGCGCCUUCCUCCCUUGCUGAACACGAGGAUCAGCCGGCAUCGGCUCCCGAUCAAAGUCGCGCUCGUCUGCGCUAUAAUAUCCCUCAGCGAUUUGCCAAGAAACUUUUACUUGCUAAAGAUACUCUAGUGAACUUUGAAGAACUCCCUUCGCGCUCUGCGUCUUCCCCACCGCCGCCGCCGCCGCCGUCCACCUUGAAGCUCAGCGAUCUUCCAAGCCGGCCGUCUUUGCCGGGAUUGAUUUCUUGCGAUUCGCCUAAAAGCGCAUCUUUUCUUCCCGUUUCGCGCUCUUUUGUACGCUCUUCUCCUGAAAGUCCUCCGCCCCUUUCCAAAGAUAAAGAAUUCAGUAUUGAAGCGAGAAAGUACGUAGUAAAGUUACUCGUUCCGUAUAUAAGCGAUUCUUGUAAAAAAGGAAAAAUUACUUCUAAAGAAGAUUUCAAGCAUCUUGCUAGGAAGCUCGCGCAUGUUGUUAUUGAAAAGCACAGCAGAACGUCUUUGUCUUACAUUUUAAACGAAAGCGCAAAGCAGAAGAUCAAAGCAUUUAUAAAAGAUUAUAUGUCUAAAGUUGGUGAUGUAGGAAGGGACUUUAAAACUUCAGGAAAAGUAAAAGUGGAAAGGAGCACGCAAGCGUACGGUCACGUGUUUCACCACCAAGCACGUGGUACAAACAUAUAA